UUAACUGUUCCAGGAAGAGAAUCACACAGCACUAUCUGGUGGGGAGGAGCAUUAUUGGCGUCAACUUGCUGAAGUGAAACUAAAGUAGAGACACAGUAUAUUGUGUACGAGACCAAACUCUCCAGCACUUCAGAAACCUAUUAAACAGCAAUACGUUCAGACUAUACUCUGACUCUCCUAGCCGUUGACACCACAAACAGGAAGGACAGAGAUAUUAUCCAACGAAAACAUACAGAUAUGGCCACCUCCAGCAGUCUCCUGUCUGAAGAGCAGUUCCUGUGCUCUGUCUGUCUGGAUGUGUUCACUGAGCCGGUCUCUAUUCCAUGUGGACACAACUACUGCAAGGCCUGUAUCAGUGGAUACUGGGAUACCAGUGACAUGUGCCAGUGUCCAAUGUGUAAAAAAACCUUUGAUAAGAGACCAGAUCUGUUUGUCAAUACUUUCAUUUCUGAGAUGGCUGCUCAGUUCAGGCAGAGAGUUGAAGUGAAAGCUACCAGCAGCCCAGACCAAUGCCCUGACAUAAUUGUAGAAGUGUCCUGUGACUUCUGCACUGGGAUGAAGGUCAAGGCCCUGAAGUCCUGUCUGGUGUGUCAGACCUCUUACUGCGAGACUCACCUGGAGCCUCAUCAGAGAGUCCCAGCCUUAAAGAGACACAAGCUGAUCAACCCUGUGGAGAACCUGGAAGACAGGAUGUGUAAGAAGCACGACAGACCUCUAGAGAUGUUCUGUAGGAGUGACCAGACUUGUGUGUGUCAAUUCUGUACUGAUACAGACCACAAUACUCAUGACACUGUCCCUCUAGAGGAAGCGUAUGGAGAGAGGAAGGCUGAACUGGGGAAGACUGAGACAGAAGUGCAGCAGAUGAUCCAGGAGAGACUGAAGAAGGUUCAGGAGAUCAAACAUUCAGUAGAUCUGAGUCAGAAAGAUGCAGAGAGGGAGAUAUCAGACAGUGUACAGGUCUUCACUGCUCUGGUUCGCUCCAUUGAGAGAAGCCAGACUGAGCUCAUUGAGGUGAUUGAAGAGAAGCAGAAAGCAGCAGAGAGGCAGGCUGAAGGGCUCAUUAAAGACCUGGAGCAGGAAAUCACUGAGCUACAGAGGAGAAGCACUGAACUGGAGCAGCUCUCACACACUGAGGACCACCUCCACCUCCUACAGAGUUGUCCAUCCCUCUGCACCCCUCCACCCACCAAGGACUGCUCUAGGAUCAAUGUUGACAGUGAUCUGUAUGUGGGGACUAUGAGGAGAGCUGUGUCUCAGCUGGAGGAGACUCUUAUGGGUUUAAUGAAAAGUCUAUGUGUUGAUCUGUGUGUUGGUGCUGAGUUGAAGAGGAUUCAGCAGUAUGCCAUAGCUGUGACUCUGGACCCUGAUACAGCACAUCCCAAUCUCAUCCUGUCUGAGGAUGGGAAACAAGUGAGACAUGGAAACACAGAGACAAAUCGUCCUAAUACCCCAAAGAGGUUUGAUAAAAGUAUAAAUGUCUUAGGAAAGGAGGGUUUCUCUUCAGGGAGAUUUUACUAUGAGGUGACAGUUAAGGGGAAGACUGACUGGGAUUUAGGAGUGGCCAGAGAGUCCAUCAACAGGAACGGGAAUAUCACACUGAGCGCUAAGAAUGGAUACUGGACUGUCUGGCUGAGGAAUGGAGACCAGUACAAGGCUCUUUCUAGCCCCAGUGUCCUGCUCCAACUGAGAGAGAAGCCCCAGAAGGUGGGGGUGUUUGUGGAUUAUGAGGAGGGUCAGGUCUCAUUUUAUGAUGUGGAGGCCAGGUCUCAUAUCUACUCUUUCACUUGCUGCACCUUCACUGAGAAACUAUAUCCAUUCUUCAGUCCCUGUCUUAAUGAUGAUCGUGAAAACUCUGCCCCUCUGAUCAUCUCUCCUGUCAAUGACAGACUGAGUUUUAAUCUGAAAAUCUAACUGGCCAGUAAAAUAAAUACAUUUAAAAUAGUAAUAAUCUGUUGUCAUACAUCACAAUUAAUAUUUCAGACACACAAAUAUCAUGCUUCCAUGACAUGCGAACCUCUCACUAUUACAAUAAUGGGGGGUUAGCAUUUUGUGCGUCUAACUUUCUUACUCAUCCUUAUUCACGAUUCAUUCAGGAUUAUCUGUCAUAAUGGAGAGAGAGAGAGAGAGAGAGAGAGAGAGAGAGAGAGAGAGAGAGAGAGAGAGAGAGAGAGAGAGAGAGAGAGAGAGAGAGAGAUCCACAUUCAUGUAAAAGUUUUUUUUUAACUAUUCUGGCUCCAAAAUGACACAAUUCAUUAUUUACAAAAUGAUUUAUAUUUGGUACUAAAUAGUGUGAAACGCAACCAAAACAAACAGCAAAUGGAUCUAACAAAUGUGUAGAGUUACAAGUUUGAUGUUGUCAUUGUGUGCUAGGAAUAUGGUACCAAAUACUCAACUUUUUACUACUCUAAUACACAUAUAAGUGAAUUUGUCAUAAUACUUUUGGUCCCCUGAAAUGGGGGGGGACCAUGUAUAAAAAGUGUUGUCAUUUCUAAAUGGUGAAACCAGUAUGUACACAAAUACCCUCAAAUCAAAGCAAGAACAUCUUUACUUUAACCAUAUAGUAAUAGUUUGAGUUCAAAUACAAACUUUUGGAGUAUAGAGACAAAAUAAGAAGAAAUGCUUCACUGUCCCAAUAAUUACGGAGGGCUCUGUAUAUAGUAUAUAGUAUAUACAUUUUCUGUUCCGAAAAUUUGGGGGUGCAAAUAAAACCACACUUGGGCCAAAUUCUCCCAGUUGGGGCCCCUGAUGUAGCGGAUCUAGUUUCUGGUGUGUGUGUGUGUGUGUGUGUGUGUGUGUGUGUGUGUGUGUGUGUGUGUGUGUGUGUGUGUGUGUGUGUGUGUGUGUGUGUGUGUGUUUGUUGGCUCCGCUUGUCCGUGGUUCUUGGCCUCGUCUUGCAUGAAAAGACACUGGAUUCCAUUUUCUCCCUACGUUCCUGCCAGGAGCACCUCUGUGUUACACGGCAUGUGAGGGAUUAUUUCUUCCUGGGAAUCCUGCAAAUGAAUCUUAAUCACCGUGGAAACAGGCUAGUGGAACGUAUAGGGAGGGAGGGACAGAUCCGGAGAUGGGAAUUCAGGAAGUUGUUCUGAUUGGGUUGUGGUGUUGUCAGUCAGUGAAACAGAGGUUCUGUUUUCUUGCUUUAUAUAGCUAUUGUAUUUAAUCAUAACUGUGUGUUGUUGUGUGUGUCUGUAAGCCUGUGUAUUGACGGUAGCAGCAGCACUGGUCUGAGCACCCAGACCUCUACUAGCCUAUAUUUAGUCUGUGUGGUGGACAUUGUUUUGAGCCCAAAUGGACUACAGAGACUGAUAAUAAAUGCAGUGAGAGAGAUUGAGUGUGUCAGCCAGCAAAGCAGUUACCCUGCCAACUGCAGUGCUUCUAUUCUGGGGGCAUGGGCACAAAAUGGCUGCCGUUACUCACAGGAUGUAAAUUACAUCUGCCUUUGAGACAGUCUUGAGAUGCAGGUCCAUGUGUGUAGACAGUGGUGCUGGAGCAGUUUUUUGUAAAUGACAUCAUAAUUUCCUCAAUGUUUGUACCGACAGAUGUAGACAGUUGAUUAGCCUGUCAGUAUAGAAGAUGCAUAAAAUGCAUCAUCCAAUUGCAACGUCUGCCUAUGCCCACUCAUAUUUCCUCUAGAAAAUGUUCCAUUUUUAAUACCCUCAAACAUAUAAUUAGGAAUAAGCCACCAUCAUUGUCAGUCAUUUAACCGGUGAAAUGUCCAAACUGCAUCUCCAAGUCAGCCAUUUGAUGGAUCUCAAUGAGUUUCAUGGGAAUAUGAAUGUAGAUCUUCUUGAAUGACUGUUUUGUGAGUGAAUUAGAGCAGAUGGUGUUAACACACUUGUCCGUUCUUGUUUCAAUUAAAGCAGAAAUCCUGCCUAGUGAAA